AUGGCUCCAAUUUUCGAAUCUAACUUCUCUAUUCGCAAUAUUAUUGGAGAUAACACCUCAAAUAUUCAACAAAAUAUCAAAGCUGAGAACAAUGCUCCGCUGACACCGCCACGCUCUGAUGGAUCAGCCUCCCCAGAUUGCAGUGGAUCAGAGGACAGCGAGGAGAGACCCGGUUUUACUUUCAGUGCGAUGGUGGCCAUGGCCAUCCGCAGUAGUCCAGAAAAACGUCUGCCAUUGAGUGCAAUUCAAGACUGGAUCUCGGACAACUUCCCUUACUUCCGAAAGGACCAACACGGAUGGCAGAGUCAAGUUCGUCACACUCUAAGUACAAACUCAUGCUUCAUCAAGGUUCCGCGGCCUUUAGAUGACCCCGGUCGUGGAAAUUAUUGGGCUAUAAAUCCGGCUAUUGAAGACGUUAAUGUGAACACAUCGACUGGUCGCCUCGUAAUUGAUCCCAACGGCGGUCAGUUUUCUGCGAACGGAUAUGGACAUCCUUUGAACCAAGUAAUUACCCACGGCGUUCCCAUGAACCAUCCACAAUCACCUAAUGCAAUUUACUUUCCCACUCCCGAGGAACUUGGAAGAGCGCAACAGGCGUUGAUGGUGCAAGCUAUGCAAGAACAACAAAUGUGGUUUCUUCAUCAUCAGCAACAACAGCAGAUCAUACAACAGGAAUUGAUGAAAAUGCAGCAGCAACAGUUCCAACAACAAUACAUCCAACUGCAACAAAAGAUGCUAUUCCAUCAACAACAAUGCGAAUUUAUGUUGGCCAAACAGUUGCCGAUGUAG